AUGGACCGUCACCAGUCACAAGCAAUCCGCCCCCCCAAACACCCUUCUUCCUACGAGCUGCCUCUGCCGCCGUUUGCUCACCUAUGCUCAUCAAUCUCUCCCACUUCGACACACGCUAUCGGCCAUGUCUCCUCCCCUACCUCCUCACGAUCCAAGAAAGCUCUCACUGAUAAGGAGAUGCGCAACCGAACACUGCAGGCCGAGAGAAAGAGACAAUGGCGCCUCAAUCAAACCCCAGAGCAAAAGGAACGUCGGAAGCGCAUGGAUGCAGACCGCAAACGAAGGGAAAGAGGCAGACUCACGGAGGGCCAAAAAGCCGAGAAUCGAAGGAGGGAUGCAGCUAGAAAGGCUGCCAAGAGGCAGAAGGAGAAUUCUGAAUCGAGGGGCACCCCCAGAACGUCUACCCACCACAGAGGUGACACGUACAUGUCCUCAUCGCGGCAUGAUCAUGGCGUCCCUCCGUCGUCAUCCAUUCUUGUCCGCACGGCCUCAAUGGGGAGGUUCGGUGAUUCUAGGUCGGACUACCAUCCUUAUGGUCAUUCUUCCAAACAUGCCCCUACGUCAAUUCAAAGUCUUCUGAACUGA